UCUUAACCGUGUUUAUACAUCAACAUAAUUGAAGCCAUUUUUCUUUUUUAAGAUUAAAUCGAUUGAAUAAGGCAUUUUUAUUUCUUUAUUUUUCUAAAGCAAUCAUAUUAUUCUUAUAAAAAUAUAUUUAUUUUUAUAAUCAUGUCGCGUUCAUCAUUGAUAAUUAAAUUUUUUAAUUUUCUUGUAAUUACGCUCCUAUUAGUGAGCCAUAUAACAACAGCACAAAAAGAAGAAAUAAAGGAGCAAGAAGCAAUAACUAAUACAAAUUUAACUGUAUAUCAUCAAAAAGAUGGUCAAUACAUUAAACGAGGCAUUAUUGUUGGUCUUCCUGGAGUACCAGAAUACCACCCUACAAAAAACGAAAUUGUUGAUUUUCAAAAGGGAUCAUUUUAUCAAAUCAAAGUAAAGGAUGAACGUACUGGGAAAAUAUAUAUACAGUCUGUGAAAAUGUGUCAAAUGGUAGAUAGUGAUUGGAAUGAUGAAUUUAUUUUACAUUUGGAUGAAAAUAAUAUCUUUUAUCAUGUUGAUUAUUAUGCCUCAUCAAAUGAUUGUUCUGAGGAAACUAUCAAGUAUCCUAUCACAACAAAACCUUUUACUUCUGUAAUAAGAGUAGUUCAACCAAUUGCUGGACCCAAGCCUUUAAUUGGUCACUUUGGUGGUAGUGCUUCUCAACAUAAAAAGACACAGUCCAAGUCAAAAAAGCCUACAGCUGUAAUUAAUGACGAAAUACCUGAACACACAGAGAUUGAAGAAAAAUCUUUCUUUCAAAAAUAUUGGUAUUUAAUUUUAGCUGGUAUGUUCUUAUUGACAAGUUUAGCUGGUUCUGCUCCUCCUGAAGAUUCUCCUUCUGCUAAUCGAAGAAGAUAAUAAUAAAAUCUGAAUUUAAAUGGGAUGAAGUCACAUCAAACCAUAGUAAUUUUUUUUUUUUUUUUUCAGUCCUGCUGUGUUUCUGUUCAAUAAAGCUUCACUGCAACGCGUAGACCGUGUUUUUUUUUCUUUUUUUUUU